UCUAUCGUCUGCCAGCCAUGACAGAAAAUCAGUGUGAGAAAACAAAAACACUGAGUACACAACGUCGACUACUGUGGCUGAAUCUGACAUCCAGGGCGGAUUUGGAUAAUGUUUGUCUACAUGUAUUGUAAUAAUAUUGGAAAGUAUUUUGCCAAGACCGUGAGCUGCUCAGUUGCAUACUUACUAGUCAAAAAUUAUGUGCAACCAAUCGUCCGGAUUUGUGCUAAACAAACCAACAUAUGUAUCCACCUUGUUGAUGAUUGCAAUUUUCUUGAGGUACAUGGCCUUAUCAGGAGGCUGUAACGACUCUAGAGGCUUCGCCAUUGUCAAAAAAUUAAUUCAGUGUUGCAAUGUUGUGAAAAGCGUGAAGCCGUAGGGAGACACCCAAGAUGGCGGACUGGAAGUGAAGCUGCGUCUUCAGUGACGUCAGUGAAAACCCACCAUUCUUGCAGAUACACCAGAAUGCUUCCCACUCAUAGCUGAUGCACCGUCGUACCUUUGUCCAAAGGUUAUUUCUCUUGUCCAGACCAUGUUUCUCUAGACAAUUAGCCAUCAUUUCACUGGGACCUACUGCACUGGCUUUCAGAAGACUGAAAGUAUAUGAAGCUUUCAUGGAUGGCACCAUUUAAAUAAUACUGUACAACCACCUUUUUUUGCAAGUCUUUGCAAAACUCAAACUUUCUUUAACUUCUUUAAUUAAUUCAGUUUGUGCCAUCUCAGCUAAUGUAAUUUUGGAUUUGAUGACUUGUGUAUUUUGUAUUGCCACAUGCGCCAGGUCUUUUGGUCAUGCAUUUUGGUCAUUUCAUCCAAUAUGGUCAAAAAGGUUCCCUUAAUUUCAGAGACCUCAGACUCUCAGGGUCAUCAUGAGUUUAUGCAAUAUUUUGCACAUUUGCUAUUGUUUUAACACAGUGCCAGUUUUCUUCCACUUUCUUUUGCCGGUUUACAUUCAUAGAAUUUAACAUUGAUGUAUUUACCUUGUUAUCCUUUUUAUAAUGAUUGCACGCAUGCCUUGCAUUUAUAUGGAGCUUAAACCCAGACCCCUUGGAUUUAGGAUUGCUGGCUCCACAAUUGUGGGUUGAUACUUUAGUGAAUCGUUUUGCAUGAUAUACUUAAAAUUACAGAAAGUUUUUAUUUUUAUUUUUUAUCCAUAAUUAAGUUUAUUUGUGUAAAAAGCAAAAUCUUGACUUAUUCUUGUGACAGUGACAGCUUACCAGGCCGCAUUUGGUAAUAGAAAAUGAUUGCAUGAGUGCUUUUUAAUCUUGGGGGCAAAGUAUUUUUAGCCAAGGAGACCUAUUAACUGCCUUUUUUUUAAACACAGAUAUGACCAAAACAUCCUCUACACAGAAAAGCCUACCAGACAGCAGGGCAAUUUCUUUAACAACCAAUUUCUUUCCCUCCAAAUUAGAAACAUUUUAUUCACAGUUUUUUGCCACUAAUUGUCUUGCAGACAAAUGUUUGUAGAACAAAUUGUGCAGACUGUCAGGAAUCUGACAGUCUACAUGGUUUGUUAGAAUGUACAUCACCAUAAAAGGAAGAGCUCCUUGGCUUUUAGAGAAGUAAUCUGUGAAGAAUGCUCUUUUACUGCAUUAUCAGUAGCUGCUCUUAGAAAGGAACGAGGAUGGCUCGGUUUUAAAAUGGAUCCUCACAACAAGAGAGAUGUGAAUGUACCAAGUGACCUGUGUCAAGUGGGUUUCCUUAUCUAUGAAAGAUGGGUGGUUCUAUUACAGAGGCUCCACUGUGCAUAGUGAGCCAGCAGGGCUGGCAAACAUUAGGGGACAGAAGAGGCUUCCUCCAGACACGAGGUGCUCUAAAAGUUAAAGGAACUUAUUCAGAAAAAAACAGAUGUGGUUUAUAGAAACAACAAAUGCUAAACGAUCUACAAAAGAAAAGGUACCAUAGGUUACGUGGACUAGCGGGGAAGGAAUUCUUUCACCUGGAGUUUUACGUUAUCACUCUAAAUGUUUAGGACGUUCAGGAGGAAGGUAGAAUAUUUUCAUUGGACAGCUCUAUUUCUGGCAGCUCUUCCUUAGUCAAAGCGGCUUGCAGCAACAGGCCACUAUGACAGAGUGGAAUUUGCUUAAACGUCUUCUUGAUGCUGUCCAUCAUCACUCCACUAUGAUGGGACGCCUGUGGCUCACUGUCAUGGUCAUCUUCAGGCUGCUAAUUGUUGCUGUUGCUACAGAGGAUGUGUACACGGAUGAACAAGAGAUGUUUGUGUGCAACACGCUACAACCAGGAUGUUCAACUGUGUGCUACGACACAUUUGCACCCAUCUCACAGCCUCGGUUCUGGGUGUUUCACAUAAUCAGUGUAUCCACUCCGUCACUUUGUUUUAUCAUUUACACAUGGCACAAUCUAUCCAAGCAGCCACAGAAUAGUUCUCAGAAGCUGGGAAAAGAACCAAGGCAUAAAGGCCUUGAUUUAGAACAAGAAGAAAGAGAAGAGACCUUUAACUGCAGCUGUGACUCAGACAGUUGCUCCAUCCGCUCCCAUAAGCAUCCAGGUCACAGGCUAGAAGAUGUAGAGGGCAGUGUAGUAGUUCAAGUUGUUUCUGGUGGAGUUCUGUCCAAAUGUUACAUUUUUCAUGUGUGUUUACGGGCUGUCUUGGAGAUUGGCUUUGUCUUUGCCCAAUGGAAGCUGUAUGGGUUCCAUGUACCUGUCCAUUUUAUUUGCACUUCUUCCACUUGCAGCCAGCCAGUGGACUGCUACAUCUCCAGGCCCACAGAAAAGACCAUCUUUCUGCUCUUCAUGUUCUGUGUAGGAGUUUUAUGCAUUAUUCUGAACCUCCUAGAGCUAAAUCAUCUGGCCUGGAAGAAGAUCCGCCAGGCAUUGAGACAAAAAGAGAAGAAGUCCUGGAGCAGCGGUCCAGGUAUCCAGAGUGAAUAUAAACCGUUUCCACCCGACAGACCCUCUCUCACAUCUUCUUUUGGCUUCAGGGAAGUGACCAGCACCAACUCUCUACCCAUUCUGGGCCUUAUGGUGGGUCACCAGCCUGACUGGAGCUGUGCACUGAACUGUCAAGGUGUGGAAAUGGAAGUCACACAGGGACAAGCAAAGAGAUCUGACUCACAUAAACAAGACAGACAGCUUCAGAAGAGCAAGAAGGAGAUUGAAAGGUGCAAUCAGAGUAAUGCUGACGUCUGGAUAUAGACUGACUUUGAAGAAGUGUGUUGCUGCCUUUCUUGCAGACGAAAAUGGUCAAAAUUGUCAGCUGCAGUGGAACACUGAAAAGCUAAUUUUUACAAUAAUUAAAUUACAACAGUUAUUUAGGGAAAUAUUACAUCAGCUUUAUGAACUUUCUUAUGGGAUCACUUUGAAAUGACUACAAAAUGACAUGGCUCGGUUCAAUUUGAGGUCUGUUUCAUUAUCAGUAUUAAACAUACUCUUUCUGUGACAUUUUUAGAACAAGGGCUUUUUGAGUCUUUGUACUUAUAGACUGUCCCAUCUGGGGACCAUCCACAGGUUUUCUGUGUGUGUGAGCAGAGGCACUGACAAGAUCUUAAUCUUUAAAGUAGUCAAUUAUCAAUUUCAGAUGGGCUUGGUAUCAUGUUUUUGUUUUUGAAUUUCACCACUAUUUGUCUAAGAUAUUAUUUCCUUGAUCAUUGUGAUUAAUAAUUUUAUUUUCUCUCCAUCAAUGUUCUUUUCAGAUUGCAUCAUUAUUUUCUGUUGAAUAAAAUCUCUUUAGUUAAAUUUACCACUUCUAGCAAUAAUACAGUCACUUUAUUUUCCAUAACACUUUUUAAUUUAUCUUAGAGAUUUAUCUCCAAGAUAAAUAUAUGUCCAAUAACUAUUGGGCAUAUAAUAAUUAUUAAAUGCCCAACUAUAUUAUAUAAGAUUUGGUAGACUAAUAUUAAAAACCUAUCUAUUUUUUCUUUUUUGUUGCUGUAAAGGGAAAUAUUUGCCCUUGUAAAAUGCUGGAGCUCUUUUGUAAAGCCUCAUUAAAAACAUCUAACAGCAAUAAUGAAAUUUGCUCUUUAGAGGCCUUAGAGUGUGCUUUAGAGUUUUGUUUAUAGUUUGUUGAUUUUUCUGUUUUAUGGGUUUUUCAAGAUGUUCUGCAUUUUCUAAACUAAUUCUUGGAGUAGUCACUUUGUUAAAAACAUAUAAGUGUGCGGCUCAUCUUUGACAUUGUAGUAUAAGGUUUCAAAUAAAACUUUUCAAAUGUAUUAUUUAUCUCCUUUAGGUCUCUUGUAACAUGGCCAUUAUCUGUGAAUUUUUGUAAUAAUCCUUGAUGCAGCUUUUUGUAUUAUUUGUUUUGUCAAAUCCUUGUCCACUUGUUUCCCUGCUUAUAAAAUAUAUGCUUUGCUUUGAUUGAGGUUUUAAUGGUUCUUGUAGUGUACAAUAAUUUAAUUUCUCUUUGCAAAGUACAUUUUUUUCUAUGUAGAGUUACUGACAGGGUAGACGAAUUUUGUCUGUUGUUUCCUCCUUCAGUUGGGUUCUCUUUUCUCUUUGUUGUUUAUUUUCCAGGCUUUUCUAUGAAAUUACUUGUCUUUUAACGUAUGCCUUUAGUAUCUCCCAAAGAGUGGAUCUUGUAAUGUCUGUAGAUUGACAAAUAUAAUAAUAUGAUUUUUGUUUCUUCUUAGUAUGUUAUCAAACCUUCAUGUCCUUAAUGUUUGAUUUUUCCCCCAACGCUCUUCUAACAUUAAUGUUUUAUAAUUGCAAUAUUUCACUAACUCUUGAAGUUUGCUGUCUAUUAAUAAAACAGGCAAGUAAUAAGAGUAUUGCUGCGCUCUC